CUUCCUGCCGGGGAUGAGCGGAGGUUGUGACAGCACGGAGGGAGGCAGGCAGCGCGUGAAGUUUUCAAGCAGAGGAGCUCGGAGUAUCAGAGUGACGGAGUGUCCCGGGACCCGAACACCUCCAUUCAUCCAUCCUCCGACUACAAGAACCCCAGCUUCUGAAAAUGGUGUGGAAGUCAGCCUCUGAGGUAUGAAUGAUCUUCAUUCAGGAUUUCUGUCAUUUAUUUGCGGUUAUAAACUUUGUUUGGAUGCACUAAUCCAACUUGAAAUGAUCAGAUAUGCCAACAGUGAAAAUGUCUGAUCUAACAGAGUGUGAAAAAGAAAGCCAGCAUUAGUCCAUCUUAAAACACAGUGGUUUAACUAAGACUGUUGUCUUAAUGCUGCAGCAGUAAGAAGAAUGCAUGCAAGUGUUCUCAGUGUCUCAGUAGGCUAUCUCUGUGUGUGAACUGAAACCAAAGUGAACUUCCUGACUGUUCAAGUCUUCACCUGUUUUUCUAAUAAACCCACAAACACCAAGAAAAGCCUCCAUGUGGGGGGAAAGAUAAUGUUUAUUAUAGGCUGGAACUUCCCUUUCAGGAGUAUCAUUUUAUUUCAGAUAUAUCAGCAGACAGUGAGCUGCAGGGUAACACAUGACUGUGAAUAAAUGCAGAACUUUUAUGUUAGACUGGAAGUAGGUAUGUAGGUUUUCCCCCUGCAACUAAGUUAUUGGUCUGUUUUGCUUUUGGAUGACCUUGUUGCAAUAAUGAAAUCCUAAUUCAGCAGAAUGCACAUCUAACAGCCGAUAUGCAAGUCUUGCAAACUUGGUGAACUUGUAGGUCAGUCGUUUCCUCAUUGUGGUGAAUUAACAUGUGUUGUUGAACGCAGCUGACGGCUCCUGUUUCCUCUUAUCCUGCAACCUAAAGAUAGAGCCCUCUGUCUGGGACUGUUGUUCCUCUGGGACUUAAAACACAAUGUGCUUUGAGGUGACAGGGAAACAUGGGCUCGGUCAGGGUCAUCCGUGAAAAGGGAAGUCUGAUUAACAAAGUAAAGAUGUACCUGUUGACCUAGUUUCAACAUAUUAACCCACAAAGAUUGUUUUGACCAACACAAUACUCAAGCUAUGAACCAGAUUUCAAUCAGUUCAUUUGGCUGUCAGAUUUGGCACUGCUGACUGACCUUACUAUUCACAGUCUAUCUCAUGAUUGAUUCUCAUUAAAUUCACAAAUAUUCACAAUCAUGUCAUACUUAAUGAAAAUAUUCUUUAUUUCUCACAUUUUACUGUCAAAUUUCACCAUUAUUUUGCAGUUAAAUCACUGUAAAUGUCCAAAUAGCUAUUAUUGAAUAGUAAACUAACAGACCAUCGUAGUCAGACAUAAAGUUAUGCCAGAGUGCAGCUAAGGACAUAACAUACAAACCCAUAAUGUAAUAUAUCAUCAAAACCAGAUGUGAAAACGGUUGAGCUUGUGUUGUAAUGGGAUCCUCCAUAUUUUGGGUACGACCCAAAACAAACUUUAAGAGUUUAUUGAGCAGCUUAUAGGCUGAUGCACUAAAGUCUGAAUGCUUUGACCCAGUCAACUGUCAGCUACCGGGACCAUAAUCAUAUUGUAAGAGCAUACAUGUGCGUCAAAGCAGCCGAACAGACCAGUUAGACAACAGUAAGUCAACAGCCAUGCCCUCCACGUUUUCCACUGUGAACAAUAUGUCAGCGCACGCCUCUGUGUUUUUACACACUCUCACACAGCUUUGGCGUUCUGUCAGGACCUGUCCACUGACAUGCCACGACCUGGAGACGAGAUAAACAAGACAGAGCGGGCUAUGAUCAAUCACGUCCUCACUGUCUGGCCUCAGGAAAACAGAAAACACAUUUAAAAGAAGGGAUCAUUUUACCUCUUUGUUAUGUUCAAGACUGAGUUGACAAUUUAGGAUUUCUGAGACACAAACACACACAGUUAUUGGCUAAUUUUACAUGCAUGCUUGUCCUCCAGAUGUAGGUGUGCAGCUGUGUAAGCUUAGACUUUACUAUGAGCAAACAUUCGUUCUGUUAUGACUUCACAGCCUGAUCUCUCUUUAUAUCCCAUCAAAGGAAUGUUUUUGAUCUGUUUCUACAAUAUUGUAACAGCAUUUCAUUACCCAUAAAAUCUCCUCUUUUUUUCAUCAUGAUGGGGAAAUAUCAGUUACAUUCUUGUUUUUUUCUGCUUGAAUUCCAAGAUUGUUCACAAUAACAGUAAAUAGGAACAGCAUUCUUAGCAAUUUGCUAUCUGACAAGUCAAUCAGCCUGCAGUCCGUGGAAAAACAACACUAACAUCUGCUGCCUUGAAUUACUGGAAGUUGGACGCAGCAUUAUAGAACUUGAGCAUUAGCCAUGGUGCUGUGUGAUGUUGUGUGAUGGUUUAAACAGUUGUCCUCCACCCUACUGUGAGCAGCUGUGGGCUCUAACACACACCUCCCACACACUCUUUAAGAUUCACUUUAAAGGGAGAGACAGAUAAAGACAAGGGCAGGGAAAGUGAUUGAAGUUGCGUGCCUGUACAGUGGAAAAAAGGCUAUUGUUAAAUGUAAACACUCUGAUGGACAGUAUGUACUCACUGGGGGUCUUUUGAGUCUCUGGAGCGUCACGGUUGUUUGAGAAAUGGUGAGCCAUGGUUUCAGGGAUAUACCACCCUUGCCUUCAGUGCAUCUCCUCUCACACUAAAUCUCUGUACAGCACUCAUCUCUGUUCUAAACUUUAAAGUUUCAUCAAGGUUAAAUGUUUUAUCUGAAGCACCGUAAACCUGACACCCACUUAUCUUGCUUUCUUUGGUAUUAAAAUCCCAAACGUGAGUGGAAAAGAUGCCUCUGUGCUGCCAAAACAGAUAGUUGCAGGCUCUCUUUGUAACUCCUGGAAUGUGCUUACUUCUGGUUGAGAUUUUCUAACAGGUGCAAAAGUGCAAACUUGAGGUAUUUAUGCAGAGAAAGGCUCAAGUAUGCAAGGCUUUAGAAAAGAGGAGUCUGUCAUGAAUCACUUUUGUAAAAAUGUCAAAAUUUGAGCAGUGAGAUGAGAAAAUGCCACCUUAAAAAGCUCUUUGAGGUGUUCAUUCAGGAGCUAAUCCUCCUUAGAUAAAAGGGACAACAGAAGCAUGUGGAAAAAAACUCACUCAGGAAGCAGCAGUUUAUAAAUAAAACUGAAAUCAGAAUAAUAUCUUUUGAUUACCAAUCAAUCAAUCAGACUUUAUUUUUAAAGUAAUUUUCACUGUCCAUUCACGCUGGAUAUUAAAAAACAAUGAAAUAAAAUGAAUAAAAAUACAAAUACCAAACCCAAUCCACCCCCCAACCCCCAUCAACACAUACAACACUCACACACUCACACACAAAAGACCGGGACUCUUUAACUUGCCACAGAUGACUGAGGAAACGCUAUCUUGAGUUAAAAAAGAUGACGAAACCCUGGAUCUAGGACUAAAAUGUUAAAACCUUGAUAAAGGUGAUAAAACGUUAAAAGUUAAUCAAAUAAAAGUCUUAAAAUCAAACAAUAAAAGAAAGUAAAUUAAAAAAAAAAAAGAGGUAAUAAAACUCAAAAUUAUUACUCUAGGACUUAAAUAGCGUAAAAUCACGUAAUGCAGAUUAAAAGAUUAAGACAAAAUUCAGCUAAAAGGUAGACUACAAAGGUAGGUCUUUAGUUCACUUUAAAAAAAUUACACACUAUUUGUUUUCCAUCUCUACAGAAAUGUUGAGAUAUGUAGACUGAUAGUUUCAUUAAGACAUUUGACCCCAGCCUGCCCCCUCUGGCUAUGUCUGGGGAUGUGUGAAUGGAAUCAGUUAGGGACUCUAUACAUAGCAGACCUUUCCAUCAGUGUGUGGAUGUGGGGUAAUGGGUGGAUACAAGAUGUGAUGCAAGUGGUCAGAAGACUGGAGAAAGUGCCAUAUAAACCCAGUCCAUUUACUGGUCCGGAAGGUAGCACAAUAUAGAGACACACAUUUGUGUUGUCCUUACAUAUGUAUAUCCACUUUUAAAAACAAAAUCCACUGUUGAUUGGGUUGUUAGAUCCACCUCUGCUGUUAAGCAGUUUUAAAAAGCCCAAAGCCUGAAAUUAAGCUCCACCUGAACUACUCCACCUCUCUUUCAGUCUCACCAUUCCCCUUUUAUCUUCAUUAUUUUCUCUCUCCCCGCUGACUACAGUACGGAAAGUGAGGACCUCUUACUCCGAGCUUUGGUUUGAUCUACACCAUGGCAGGAGAUCUGUUCAGCCCCCCAUCUCCUCUGGGGGAUUCUCUGCUGGACAGUCCACUGUGUGGAGACCUGAUGGAGGAUCUUCGUGACAUCUCCCAGUCCAUCGGGGAUGACACACUGGGGUUUGAUUUCCUGGAGCAGCACAGCACUGGUUCUGGAUCUGAGAGCUCCAUUGCACUGGGUAGGUACCAAGUAGGCAGAUGGACCACAGGUUUAAAAAGAAAAAAAAACAGGAAAACAGUUAAUAAGCUACAAAUGAUCAACCUGAUGGUCCCUCGCUGCUGUGAAGCUGUUCCAAACAUGUCAGAGUUUAUCUUUGCUGCAGACAGAUAAUGCCCUAACAACCCUGACCUCUUGACCUUAAGGCUCCACUGUUCCAGUUCAAGUCAAGACGCCUACGUAGAGCACUUUGUGUCUGAUUAUGAAAGAUUAAAUUCAACUCAGCUCCUCUCCCCCUGUGCCUCCUCCAUGAUCUCGUCCCCAAAUUCUUGAGCAGCACUUGAACCAAUGACCCAUGUCCUCUGUAAUUUUAUGGAGACACAUCAACUACAAUUCCCCGAGUCUGCAGGAGACACAUAAUUAAGGGACUCUAGCAGACAAAGGAAGCAGCCUUUCCCACAGAGAUCCUCAGUGUAUGACGUGACAAACACUCAAAUGAAAAUGAGCUAAACCUGCUCUUUUGAACAGUUUACCUUUAUGUUUAUUUCUAUCAUCAAAACAGGACAUGAUAUAACAAUGUAUGCAGGACAGAACCAGGGUCAGUUUUUCCUUUUGUUGUAACUGGUUGGUGCAGCUUUUCAUCGGUUAGUUUUUUGGCUCUACAGUAGUCUAUUGGAUACCACUGAUAUAUUUAUGACACAUUUACUGUAUAGACAACUUUUUUGUUUGUAUUUUAUGAGUGACAAAUAUAAAAUUCAUCAUAAAGUCAAAGUAAAUUAUUAAUCCAUUAUUCCCCCCAAAAAAGCCUUUAUUCUUUUAAUUUUCUAAAAAUGUUAUCUGACCUUUUAGCAUAGAAAAGACAAAGCUAUUAGAGUCAGAGUUAGGAAACUUGAUACUACUCUUGUUUGCUAAACAUGACGCUAAACUCUCAGCGAGCUCAUCCAGAGGACAAAGGUUAUAACAGAUUAAGAAAAAAACAAAAACGCUUCUUCAUAAUGCCCCUCUUUGUCUGUUGUGCUGGGUUUAUAUUUCCAGAUACCUUGACUCCAGCUUCUAGUCCGUCUUCAGGAGUGUGCGGGGGAGCGCCAAGUCCAGAGGAAAACUUCGCCCCCCUCAAUCUGGAGUGCAGAGUCUGCUCGGACAAGGCUUCUGGCUUCCACUAUGGGGUGCAUGCCUGUGAGGGCUGCAAGGUGAGAACUGGAGAGACUGUAACAGGCAAAGUGAGGCCAGCUGGAGUGUAUAAUGCACGCAUUUGCUGACAUAAUGCACGUAUCAAGGUGAGACAGGACAUAAAAAACGUGCACAGAUAUUUGUAUAAACAUAAAGACUGAUCAAAUCUAGCUGAGGUUAGUGUGCUACAAAGUCACAUGAUUUGUUUUGUGUUCUUGCAUGUGGGUGUUGAGCUUUAACAGAGCUAAACCCCCCCCACACUCACUCACACAUGUGUUAAAGUGCACAUACAUGCCUGCAUAAGCGCCCACAUGUACAACAUAACACAUACAAAGCUUGGCAUGCUGGAGCGCCUGACCCAGAGGCCAGUGGAAAGUUUCUGAAGCACGCCGCCGGGUCAUGUGAGGUGGGGGACAGAGUGGCCCUGGUUGCCUCGUCACCUCUAUCCCGCUUGGCACAGAGCCUAACAAAGAGACUUUACACACACCCACACACACACACACACACACACACACACACAUGGGCACACAUGGAGCUGCUGCUGGCAUAAAGCUCCGUUGUGUUUAAUACCUAAAAAUACCUUCAUAUGUAGACUUCUUUAUCAUAAAAAAAUCCUGUUUGCAUUCAUAUUUUAAAGGUUCUCAUGAAACUAACAGUUGAUUCUUCAGACUUGAAGCAGACGAGCUCCACAGGACACUUUUGAGCUGAAAUUCUUGACAUUCUUGAGAUUUUAUUUUGCACAAAAAUGUCAAUUAGAAUCAACAGUGACAUCCAGAACAUUCAGUAACAGAGACUGUUGAGUUCAGUAUCAGAUUAGAGAUCAGUUCUGUGUGUGUUAAAACCAUUAAGGGUCAUCACUUCAUUGUUUGUGGAGUAAUGCAAGCUUGUCUUCAAGUCAAACCUCUGCAAGCCUGCGGCAGGUUGUUACCACUAAUCCGGCCUUUGUUUCCUGUUUUGCUUGAUUUUUUUAACCUCGUCCAAGAAAUUCUAUCAGCUCCACCUUGAAACUGUGUUCACGACAAAAAAAACGAGUUUUGUUCUGUGGUUGCACAGUCUGUUUCAACUACUCGGGACGGGCAAGGUGUCUAUAAGAGACAUUGUUUACAUAAGCAGGAGGCAAACAUGUUGCAAUGUUCAUUUUCUGUCCAAGUUUGAAGGAAUGCACUGUCAGUUGUGCAAUGCACAUCUGUUUGUUUUCAAGGCCGUGAAGUGGAGCUCUGUGUCUCUGUUCUUCUACAUGAGGUCCAUCAGAGUGGACACCAGGCCGCUGCUCUCGCCCGGCCAUGCGUCAGAGCACUGCUGCUCUAAAGAGGGAACAUGAUGACACUGAUCAGUCAGACGCUGCACACGUGAUCGAAUGUUUCAUUCUGACCACACUUUGUUCUUUGAUGCUCUGGCUGAUGAUGUUGCUUCAUCAUGGAAAACUCUGGCUUGUGAUAUGUAGUGGUCGCUGCCCACGGUUUCCAUGUGCUGCAGAUCGUUUUCAACACCUCGCUUCAGGAGAGGUGUGCUUCGUAGGGGGGAAUGUGGAUGGAAUCUGCUGUGGUGCCAGGGUUUAAGUCUGUGGUAAUGAUGCUAUGACGUGUGUUCAGCAGGACAGUCCGUUUAACCACAACUACCUGCUCAAGAAGAGGAAGUCAAGAGAUGUGUUUGUUAAAAUGCGUCUGUAGUUUCUCUAGAAGGGGAUUGGCCUUGGGGAUAACUUACACAAUGCUUCUCUUUGCUUACGUCAGUAUUCUUGUUAGUCACCCCUCAUGGCUGUAUAUCAUCACAACGCACCUGCCUCUCUGGUUGUGACUGGGCCCCCAUACGUGCAGAGACAUGCCUGUUGUAAACACACAUCUGUUUUUCUCCUGUGGCGCUGUUAUAUUGUUUUGUAUAAUGGGUUUCAUUAAUGACUCAGAUGUCUCUGCGUCUUCUCAGUUUGUUCACAACACAGCCACAACUUUUGCAGAUAGAAAAACACAAAAAGAGAGUCCAAAUUACUCUGAAACAAUGUGAGUUGUAAAAAAGACUUUUUGUGAGAUGGCUGCUGACAGUUUGCAUGUGCAUGGCGCUCCAGAAAUGUUGUUAGAAAAUCUGUUUCCCCUCUUGACGAUGAAGGAUAAGGAAUGUCCUGACUGGCAUUUGAGUGAUGUUCAAAGGUGUGAGUGCACGUCAUAGAAUCAUAUGUACUGGCACAUGUGCAGCACCUGUCAGUGUGUGUUGGCCCACUGCCCUGUAUCUAAGUGUGUCGGAGGGCUGUGUGUUGUCUUGUCCAAUCAGAGUUCACCCUCAGAAGGUCAGCGCUUACAGUACACCUUGAAGCACACCUCUAUUUAAAUAUAGAUUCCACUGUACAGUCCAACACAAAAUGUCAUAUAACACUUUGGUUGCCAGGGUUUAAAAUGUGCUUAAGACACGUGCAGUAUCAACAAGUGCUGCAGAUUUACAGCAUCUGCUCAUAAUAUGUACCGUCCUCACCUGGGGUACAGGAAGUAGUCCUGGGGUCCCCUUUUAUUUAGCAGACUCAGACUAAAUCAUAAUCAGAAGACAAAUAAGUAAAAUCAUUAAAAUGAGGAUUUUAUUGGUGUGACUUACAACAUUGAUGACUCCGUAAAACAGUGAGAUCGAAAAGCUCUGUUUAAAAUGCUUUAACUUUCACACUUUUAAUGAAACAGUGUUGUUUACGAUGACGUUGAAGUAAUAUUUUCAACGUCUUCGUCAAUGAAAACAACACUGCAGAAUAUAUGUUUAGCGUUUGACUGACGAAAUGCUCAUGAAUUUUGCAACUCUGUUCGUCGUCCACCACUAACCUUUUCAUCUAGUCUCGUCUCGUCAACGUAAACGCACAUUCAUCUCGUCACAUUUAGUCAUCUAAGACUUAUGUUUAGCUCGUCAACGUCACGUCGUUGUCGUGGAAAAAAAAGGGCGAAAACAACCAGUGCUGUUCUCGUCAUUGUCAACGAAAACAACACUGCGAUGGAAACAUGAUGGACAUUUAGAACAGUCCCUUAAAACUCUUCAAACUUAAUGUCUGAAAAAAUUCACUCAUGUAGGCUUCUUUACAGAAAGUGUGUGUGGGGUGAAAGUUCUAGAUGUGUAUUUUAGUUAGGUUUGUGGUUUAAAAAAAAUCUAAUUAUUUUCAUGUGAUCUAUAAAGUAAGUCGUACAAAAACUUGACAGCUAAUAGUAUGCUUAAUUUUGUCUCCCCCAGGGUUUUUUCAGAAGGACCAUCAGGCUGAAGCUGGAGUACGACAAGUGCGAACGCAACUGCAAAAUACAGAAGAAGAACAGGAACAAGUGCCAAUAUUGCCGAUUCCACAAGUGCCUCUCUGUGGGCAUGUCCCAUAAUGGUAAAGCCUUAAACCUUCAAAAGCAUUUCAAACAGUGAAAUGUUUAAUAAAAAGCAGCUUUUCUGUACGUAAAUACUCAGGGGAAAAGCUGACUGCUUUUUCCCUUUCUAUGAUGUUACUCUGAAUACUUCUGAAGCAGGAGUUGUUAAUACAGACUAAAAUGAACGGUUAAAAUGAUAAAGGUAAAUAUAAACACUGUGAAACAGUAGGCUAAGAAAAGCCAUAAAACCAGUUAGCAGUCACAUUAGUUACUGGGCUGGCUGGACCAGUUACCAUUAACUGUGGUAGCAAAAGCAUUGAGUUCAAUUUGAACAACAGUGUGUUUUUUUUCCGUGCUUACUUAUUCAAAUACUAGUUAUUUUUGGUAAGUGAAAAAAAUAGUAGUAAUAAAGAAAAUAUAUAAAUCAUUUUCUCCAAAGUAGAUCAGAUGUAAAGUGAGCAGAAGGGGGACAGCUGCAUAAAAAUCUUUGCAGUCGUCAGCUUGAGGAUGAUUUACUACUUACAGCGAGAUAUGUCUGUGUCUUCUGUGUUUUACAAUGAGUGGGUUUAUAUAGAACAAUGUCCCGCCGGAGUCUGCUUGACAUUGAGAAAACACAGGCUCCAUAUAGCUCCACAUCUGGCCUGUCAGCUGCACCGCUUGCAGAGGGGUCAUUGAGUUUAUUAGGAUGGCCUCCCACUGCAGGCUGAGCAGUGGCAGAAAUCUGAGUGGAGGACGACAUGUUGUCCUAAGAGGAGAGGAGAGAGAACAGAAUGCACUAGAUCUGUGAAUGAAUGUUUCUGUAUAUGUGUGCGUGUGUGCGAGCGAGCAUGUAUGCUUUACUGUAUGUUGGAUGCAUUGUAUGUAUAAACCUGCAGAAUGAAACACCAUUUGCAAACUCUCAGAGCUGUUGCUAAUGAUUGAUGUGUCUGUGCUCCAGCUAUCCGGUUUGGUCGGAUGCCUCAGGCAGAGAAGCAAAAGCUAAAGGCAGAAAGCAAAAUGGUGGAGAAAGAGGUAGCGAGCCACAUGCUGGCCGACCAUAAGAUUCUGGUCAGGCAGAUCCACGAAGCCUACAUGAAGAACUUCAACAUGAACAAGGCCAAAGCUCGGCUAAUACUCACUGGAAAGACAAGCAAGACGGUAAGAAAAUGUGCCAAGGACAGAAGUUUGAGAGUAUUCAGUUGUCUUUAUCCUGACAUCCUUUUCUCUGUUUUUUUUCUUUCUUUUUCCCAGCAGCCUUUCAUCAUUCAUGACAUGGAGACAUUCCAGCUGGCGGAGAGGACGUUAGCCGCUCAUAUGUUAAAUGGUGACAGUCCAGAGACUGAGAUCUGCUCACAAGCUGGGGACAUGGUUCCAGUUGUGGGGAGUGGGGAGCUCCAGCAGAGGGAGGCUGAAACCCGGCUCUUUCACUGCUGCCAGAGUACCUCUGUGGAGACUGUCACAGAGCUGACAGAGUUUGCCAAGGCAGUACCGGGUUUCCAGAGCCUGGAUCUGAAUGAUCAGGUGGGAUUAAGGAUGCUUUAUCUGUCAUUUGUUCUUUAUUGGUCUGUCUGGGAAUUAGAAGCUAUUGUUGUGUCUUACCUUUCUGUUCAGGUGACUCUCUUGAAGUACGGCGUUUAUGAAGCUCUUUUUACCCUCCUGGCCUCCUGUAUGAACAAAGAUGGCCUCCUUGUGGCCCGUGGUGGAGGCUUCAUCACCAGAGAGUUUCUCAAAAGCCUGCGGCGACCAUUUAGUGAUAUGAUGGAGCCCAAAUUCCAGUUUGCUACACGUUUCAAUUCAUUGGAGCUGGACGACAGUGACUUGGCCCUUUUUGUGGCUGCAAUUAUCUGCUGUGGAGGUGACCAACACUUUAGACAUUACUGACAUUCACAAAGACCGAAAUCUGCUACAAGCAACCUCUUCAUAUCCCUCUGAUUUCUGAUUUUUCCUCUAGAUCGCCCAGGCCUGGUGGAUGUUCCUUUAGUGGAGCAGCUGCAGGAAAGCAUCGUCCAAGCACUACGGCUCCACCUGCUGGCCAACCACCCAGACGACAACUUCCUCUUCCCAAGACUGCUGCAAAAACUAGCAGACCUCCGGGAGCUGGUCACUGAGCAUGCUCAGUUGGUGCAGGAAAUCAAGACAACAGAGGACGCAUCAUUGCACCCACUUCUGCAGGAGAUAUACAGGGACAUGUACUGAAAAGAAAAGACUUUAAAAUAUGGCUAAACACCAUCCAUAACCAGAUGGACAUAAGUGGUUGGUGUAUCUAUACUAAGACACAGUUAUCAGUGUACUGCGAGCAGUCAUGGUGCAGCUUCAGGCUGUGCACACUGCUGUGCUCUGUGAAAACUUCAACAAAACAAAAAAAAUGUGGGAAAAGCAGCUCUUGAAGGUGAUAUGCGUGUUUCCAUCAAGGAGGAAACAAACAUUUUAAAGUUAAUUCUUGACUCAUGGAGAAUUCAAUGUUCUCAUUUUUGGAUCUGACACCAGCUUUUACUCUACAGACUCAAAUAUCAGACAAAGACAUACAGGUAGCAGGAUAAACAAAUUUGCAUAGCAUUUAAAGUGGGUGCACUUGUAUAGAUUCCAGGGCAUGAUAGCUAUAGUGACAUAUGCACUGUAUAUAUCAGUUUUGUUAAGAAGACGCAGAGAUAUUUUUAAGCUUUUUAAUGUUUUAAUUGAAUUGUUUAUUGUACAAAAAAAGGCAAUACAACUUAAUACCUAGUUAUAUUACUAUUAACAAAUCUACCUACCAGAACAAAUACAGUAACCUUAACCUAAACCUUUGGGUAUUAAAAUGUAUAUGAUGUUUCCAUUUGGAUUGGGCAAACAUUGUUUUCUGCUGAUGCCCUUGUGUUUUGUACCAGUGCCUUAUAGACUAAGAUCUAUCUUCCUAAAAAAUGUGAAACUCAUGUUUAAAGAAUCUUCUGUAUUGUUAUCCAGAAAGACCUCAAAUCUUCUCUGCUGCUGACUGCAAACCUAAUAUCAUUCAUAAGACUCACUACAGUACAGCUUGUCUGGGCCUUUACUGAUCAGUUAGUGGUAUUAAGUAAGUGUUAUUGGUUAGUCUCGGACCGGGGAAUGUCUUUAUAUAGUAUAAAGUCACAAGUCUUGUUCAUUUUAGGCAGCAAAUGAAUUACAAAAGAGCUUUACUUUGACUUCCAGCUAACAUCACUUUUGAAUACUGUUAUUUUAAUUGUCAUGUAUUUAUUAAAAUCAUUAAUCUCACUGCUUAGAAGCAAUGCAAUAAGAUAGCUCAUCUUACCUGAUGUUUUUGUUUGUUUUUUUCCAUAAAAGUAUUGAAAGAAUUUUUCUUCUCUUUGAGGAACAUUGUUUUCGGAAAAAUCCGUGUUGGCCAGUUUUGACUACAAACACAAUGAUCUGUUAAGCUGCUUUAUGUUUUAUUUUGUAAAUACAACAGGAAUGUGGUGGCCUCAGUGAAAGGGAUGUGUGUAUAUAGACAUUAGACAGGCCUCAGAGAUAAGGGCCAAAAGCCUUCUUUUCUCUGCCAAAACUCACCUCCUGAUGAAGUGUAAGUCGUUGUUAUAAUUCAACCCUCUAUAUUUUUAUCAUGUUUGUCAGUGCACAUUAGAUUGUGCAUUUGUUGAUUCAAUUAAAGGAAUUAUGACAUGUGGUAGCCUCAAAUAAACUAAUAUAUUUAACUAAG